AUGAAGUCAAACGAAGGAAUCCAAGGUUAUAUUUCAACCAAGAUAUAUCAGUACGAGCUUCAGACGGCUCUCUAUAUGUUGGAACCUUGGGAGAAGGCUCUCUUCAAUACCAUUAUGCUCAGUAUUGUCUGCCUUUCUGUAAUGACUUUGUACCAGUAUACACCUGUGGUUCUUAACCGCCUUAUGCCCUAA